CCAGUAACCCGACCCUUUGUUCUGCGUUGCAGGAGGGCCGGGCAGGGCUGAGGCAGGCACUACCGCGCCGAGUUGAAGCAGCCCCUGGCCUUUGAGGAGGCAGUCCCCCGCCAUCUCCGGCCCCGCGAGGUCAGAGUUGAUGUCCAUUUCUGUGGGGUUAACUUUGCUGAUAUUUUGGCCUGUCGUGAUCAGUAUCAGGAAAUGCCCCAACUUCCUUUCACAUCUGGAAUGGAGUUUUCUGGGACAGUAUUGGAGACAGGCACAGAUGUCAGCACGGUGAAAGAGGCACUGUGGCAGAUUCCAGAAAGGGUCCCCCUCCGAGAAGCUGCUGCCCUGCCGGUAUCUUAUGGCACUGCUACUUUGGCCUUGGAGCGUCAGGCCCAUACCCAGCCUGGGAAGAUAAAAUAACUACACAACUGACUCAAAACACGAGAGAAAUUCAGAAGGUCAGGGAUGAAGCCUUGGGUUCCCCAGUGGCCGCCUCAGCCAGAGGGGAGGCCCCCAGCACCAUCAAGGGAUCCAGACCGAGGGCUUCAGAGAGAUAGAUACUAUCGGCCUAUUCGUCACUCUUGGCACAAUGGAGAGAGGGUCCAACAAGAACAAGACAUGGGCAGGAGCCCCCAACCACAGCAGGACCCUGAGGCAGACCACCAGCAGCCUCACUACGCGUCCAGGCCUGGGGAAUGGCAUCCGCCUGUGUCCAGGGAUGACUAUUAUAAAGGUGGUUAUCCCAGUCAGUUGUAUUCAAGGCCGGGCAUUGAGGAUCUCUAUCAAAGCUAUCACUCUCCAGCCCUAAGGGAAGAAUAUGCUUAUGGAAGUUAUUACUACCAUGGACACCCGCAGCAGCUGCAGGAAGAAGGAGUGGCAAGGCAAGGGAGUCCUUAUAUCUGGCAUGAAGAUUAUCGAGAUAAAAAGUACCUGAAUGAACACCAACAUGAAAACCAGAAUAGUCCGUUUGGAACAAAUAGUGAGACCCAGUUCCAAUCUAAGCGUUGGAACCCUUAUAAAGACAGUCCUGCUUCUAACUCUGGACAGGAGAGGCCUGGGGACUUAUUUGUGGAGAGUCCGCUAACUGGGGCCCAGAAAAACAAGCCAUCACUGACCGAGGAGUCCAACCUUCUCCGGCAGCACGAGUCUGGUCUCACCUCCAGCAGCUAUGAGCUCAGUCAGUACAUGACAGAUGCCUCUGAGCUGUACGAUCCCACGGCUGCAGCAGGUUGGAGUCCAGUUCAGGCUGAGGACAUCUCGGCAGCUGGUCCCAAGACACCCAUGAAGUUCUACAUCCCUCACGUGCCUGUGAGUUUUGGGCCAGGAGGUCAGCUGGUGUGUGUGGGUCCCAGAUCUCUCAGUGAUGGACAGACGGCCCUUGUUGAACUGCACAGCAUGGAGGUUAUUCUUAAUGAUUCUGAGGAACAAGAAAAGAUGAGGACUUUCUCAGGACCCCUGAUUAGGGAAGAUGUACACAAGGUGGACAUCGUGACGUUUUGCCAGCAGAAAGCAGCGCAGAGUCGCAAAUCUGAGACACCAGGGAGCAGAGACUCGGCUCUACUGUGGCAACUGUUGGUUCUCCUUUGUCGGCAGAACGGGUCCGUGGUGGGGUCUGACAUCGCGGAGCUGCUGGUGCAGGACUGCAAGAAGCUGGAGAAGUACAAGCGGCAGCCGCCUGUGGCCAACCUCAUCAACCUGACGGAUGAGGACUGGCCAGUACUGAGCUUGGGGACCCGGAACCUGCUCACUGGGGAGGUUCCCCCCAGCGUGGAGACGCCUGCGCAGAUCGUGGAGAAAUUCACUAAGUUGCUCUACUAUGGAAGGAAAAAGGAAGCCUUGGAGUGGGCCAUGAAGAACCAUUUGUGGGGUCAUGCUUUGUUCCUUGCCAGCAAGAUGGACCCAAGGACCUACAGCUGGGUCAUGAGUGGCUUCACCAGCACGCUGGCGCUCAACGACCCACUGCAGACCCUCUUCCAGCUCAUGUCGGGAAGGAUCCCACAGGCAGCCACGUGUUGUGGGGAUGAGCAGUGGGGAGACUGGAGGCCGCACUUGGCUGUGAUUCUGUCGAAUGAAGGUGGGGACCCGGAGCUGUAUCAGCGCACGAUUGUCACCAUGGGGGACACCCUGGCUGGGAAGGGGCUGGUGGAAGCAGCUCACUUCUGCUACCUCAUGGCUCACGUGCCCUUCGGCUCCUAUACCGUGAAGACAGACCACCUGGCCUUGCUGGGCAGUAGCCACAGUCAAGAGUUUUUGAAAUUUGCAACAACUGAGGCUAUCCAGAGGACGGAAAUCUUCGAGUACUGUCAGAUGCUGGGCCGCCCCAAAUCCUUCAUCCCUUCUUUCCAGGUGUAUAAGCUCCUUUAUGCUUCCCGUCUGGCAGAUUACGGCCUUGCAUCCCAGGCCUUGCAUUACUGCGAAGCCAUUGGCACAGCCCUCCUGAGCCAGGGAGAGAACAGUCACCCUGUGCUAUUAGUGGAACUCAUCAAGCUUGCAGAGAGACUGAAGCUGUCAGAUCCUCUGGUUUUAGAACGCCACCGCCGUCACCGAGGAGACAGGGACCUGGAGCCGGACUGGCUGGUACACCUUCGGGGGCAUCACAAGGAGCUGCAGCAAAAGGUAGCAGGAGACAUUGGGGAUCCUUGCUCUGCUCACUCGGAUAUUUUGGGAGCCAGAAAAACAACAGAUGACACUUUCUACCAGGAUCUUUCUGGACAUCAAGGCAACUCAGAAGCCCUUGGGGACCGCUCAGCCCUGUGGCCAACACUGGAGCCGAUGGGCCCGGCCCAGCCCAGCCCACAGCAGCCCUUUCCCCUCCAGCCCAGCUCCUACCCAGCAGGAGGAGGUUCCGGGCAGACGGGGGUCCCGGUGCCUCUUUACUCAGUUCCUGAGGCCCAUCUGCCAGGGACCGGUGGCAGCGUGGCAGUGACAGGGACUCCUGGAGGAAGGGCCUGGGAGGAAGCCCAGCAGAUGCACCCGCCCCCCGGAGAGAACACAGUGUCUCCAGAAACCUUCCAGCAUCCUGAUGGGCAGAAGGUUGUUUCCAAACCGCAGGUGCCACUGAUUCCCAGAGCACGAAGUAUUUCUGAGAGUUCCACUGUAUCAGUCAAGGAGGAUGACGGGGAGUCCUCCGAUGAGGCAGAGAAGAAAAAGUCUUCCGAAAACACCGCCCAGAGAGGAAAGCUCGGAGACGCGAAGGAGAAUACAAAGGGCUUGGGGUUUGGCUGGCUCAGCUGGUUUCGCCCGAAGCCCGCCGGCGACGCGCCCCCCUCUGGAGAUGAGGACGCAUCUGACAGUCCUGACUCUGAGAGGACCAGCAUAAAGAAAAUGGAACUUGGGGGAGAGAAGGCCAGCAUCUGGCCGCCAUGUGGGCCCUGCAGGAGUACAAGCAGGCAGCACCGGUUUAUUUACCGUCAGCGACACCUUCCUUUCUGCACUAAGCAGGAAGCCCCUCGAGCAUCUGCUUCUCCCGGGCCCAGCCCGGGCCUCUCCCCGACGCCGCCCCCAGCUCCCCAGUCUCUGCCGGACGCUGGCGCCUUCUCCAGGGACACAGGUGGCAGUGAAGCCCGAGGAUCAGCGUCCGGGGCGGGGAGAGCCGAGGGCACGGGGAACGGAGGCUUGUUGGGACCUCAGGGUGUUUCCUCUGGGCUCUACUUCAACCCUGGUGUUCUGCUUCCCCCACCCACCUUGAAAGGGGCUGUCCCUCUCUACAAUCCAUCCCAGGUCCCCCAGCUCUCCAUGGCUACCAGCCUGAACCGGCCAAAUCGCCUAGCUCAGCGCCGCUAUCCAACCCAGCAGUGACGAGAAGGACCACCCAUCCCAGGCUGGUCUCCCUGAAGCACAACUUUUGUGUUGUUCUCGUUUCUUAAUCUCCCAGCCCCUCUGCCACAUCAGGGCCCCCAAGAGGGUUGUGCUAGCCUGUUGCCUCCAUGGGACAUAGAGAACGCAAGGGGACAGGGUCUCCCAGGACAUAGCUCAGUUCAGUGUCUUAAGAUUAGCUUCAGAAUGAUGGUGCAGACGGCUUCAUCAGAUGGAAAAACUGGGCAUAACAGCAGACUGGAGGUGAGCAGAAUGCUGUGGCAGCAGCACUUAGAAUGUGGCUUGAGAUCCUCGGGAGAUUCAGGGCCUAAGAAUCCCACUGCUGGAAUCAGUGAUGACACCACUGGGCUCAGCAGCAGGAAAUGACUGGGGGAGAGGCACUCAGGGCAAUAUUCUAGACUAACUUGCACAGGCUCCGGACACGCAGGCUCAGCGGCCAUGGCUCACGGGCUCAGCUGCUCCGUGGCAUGUGGCAUCUUCCCGGACCGGGACACGAACCCGUGUCCCCUGCAUCGGCAGGUGGACUCUCAACCACUGCACCACCAGGGAAGCCCUAGACUAACUUUGACUUCUUCCUCAGCCUUAGUUGCAGACCAAUUCUUGGCUCUAGUUAGCAAAAGAGUUUUGAAUCUCGGAAAUUUAUCAUUGUUUCCCGUCAUCAUUCCCUCUUGGGUGACAUUUUGGCAGUUUCCCUCUUGGUUUUAGUUUUGUGCACAUUUUUUAUGUGGUUCAGAUUAAUUAUAUUUCUCUCACUUUCUUAGCUGGUCCUAUUUUUCCACAUUCUGGCAUCUGGCUAUCAAGUUAGAUUGCUGUAGGCAUCAUAUUGUCAUGGUAACUACUGAACCUAAUGAUGCAGAUGGAUGGAACAUCAGUGUAAUAAAGGAUGGAAAAUGUUCCCUAAAAAUUCACUCCUUCCAUAAGAGAGGAGGAAUGAGUGCCCGAGUUUGUUAAUACCUCCCUUCCUGCCUUGGGCCUUUGCAAAUGGAUGUUCGGAGGGUCAGAGGAGCCGGAGGGAGGAGGGGGACAUCUUGGAAAUUUCCAUUUCUCCUUUCAAACCCACAAUAGGAGUAACUCUUGCGUUUGUCAGAUUUGCUGAAAAUUAUUCCUCACAAAGAACAUUCUUUGUAUGUGUAAUUGUACAUACAGGUUUUGUACUUUAACGUAAUAUGGUUCUGAUGUUGAUAGCGAUUAAACCACAUAAUUUUAUAGCAGA